AUGAUGAACACCGUGCUGGGCGGUAAGGCUUCUCCAGCCGCUGCUGACGUUGAAAGGAUCCUCAGCUCUGUGGAUAUUGAGGCCGACUCUGAGAAACUGAAGAAGGUCAUCUCUGAGCUCAAUGGCAAGAGUGUUGAAGAGGUGAUCGCGCAGGGACGCGAGAAGUUAUCAUCUAUGCCCGUUGAUGGUGCAUCUCUCGUGGCCGCGGUCGUAACUGCUGCUGCACCGGCAGCUGAGGAGAAGAAGGAAGAUAAAGAGACCAAGAAGGAAGAAUCUGAGUCUGAUGAUGGAAUGUUGAAUGGGCUUCGGUCUCUUUGA